AUGACAGAUUGGACAUUUUUUAAAUCGAGCGGAAAAUUAUGUAAAACAGAUACCAAUGAAUGCCGAUCAUCUUAUAGCGGUAAACCAGGUGAAAGUGAUCAAACUAAGAAGAACAAAGGUCCUAUUCCAAAUGGAGAUUAUACUCUCGAUAAACCGAAAGGAAAUUUAAGAUUUCCUUUAGUGCCAGAUAAAUCAAAUGAGAUGUAUGGACGAUUUGCCUUUCAAAUUCAUGGUGACAAUAACAAACGUGAUAAAUCGGCUAGUGAAGGAUGUAUCGUUACUGAUAAGAGAGAUGAUUUUAAAUCAGGUGAUCGUCUUCAUGUCAAAAGUGAUGAUGACAAAGAUGGCAAUUGUGUACUUAGUUAA